GGCGCCACCAUGAGAGACACCCACAGACGCCACGCACGUCUCUCCCGGCUCGGUCGCCUCUGUCCCCUGGCUGCCCGGCUCUUCUCCCACGCUUCUGGGCGCGGGUGUCCCCGAUCUCCAGCUCCUCGCCCACCGCCCCUCAGGACCUCCUGGUGCUUCCGGUCUUGCCCGCCCGCCACCCCUUCCACUUGAGGCCUUUGCCCCUCUCCCCAGACAGGGGUCUUUGGUCGCUUCCUCUCCAGUUCUUACUUGUCCUCGACCCCCCUGCCGCCCCCGCCCCCCAGAUCACUGCGCGCCCCCUCCUCGUCCCCCCGCAGACCCUCUUUUCUGCCUCACUUUUCGCAUUCUGAAGUUCUCUCCGCCCCUGGCCCUCGGUCACCUUCGCCCCGCCCGGCUCCGCCUGGGCAUCCUGCCCGCCGGGCUUCCAGCCUCAGUUUCCUUCCCGUCCGACUCCUUCCUCUGCUGGCCCUUCCCCGAGGGCGGAUGUGCGCCGGGAAGGCGAGGCCGCUGCUGGCCCGGAGGAUCCCGGCUCAGCCCCGCAGGUCCAACCAUGCGACGCCCGGGGCGAGGCCUCGGCUGGGCCCCCACGACCCAGGAGCUCUGGAGCCCCAGGACCAUGGAUGCUCGCAAUAGGACCCUGGUCGGCCCUGGAUGCAAGACCCAGGCCGUGGUGCAGAAAGGACCCUUGGACCUGAUUGAGACAGGCAAGGGGCUGAAAGUGCAAACGGACAAACCCCACCUGGUGAGCCUGGGCAGCGGGCGGCUCAGCACUGCGAUUACCCUCCUGCCGCUGGAGGAAGGGAGGACAGUGAUUGGCUCUGCAGCCAAGGACAUCUCCCUGCAGGGUCCAGGCCUGGCUCCAGAGCACUGCUACAUCGAGAAUCUGCGGGGUACCCUCACCCUCUACCCUUGCGGAAAUGCCUGCGCUAUCGAUGGGCUCCCAGUUCGACAGCCAACCCGACUCACUCAGGGCUGCAUGUUGUGCCUGGGUCAGUCCACCUUUCUCCGCUUUAACCAUCCGGCUGAAGCCAAGUGGAUGAAAAGCAUGAUUCCAGCGGGGAGCCGGGCCGCGGGGCCCCCCUACGGCCCUGGCUCUGGUAGGUACCCAGCCGAAUCGGAAAGUCUGGUGAAUGGGAACCACACCCCACAGCCUGCCACCCGGGGACCCUCGGCCUGUGCCAGCCACAGCUCCCUGGUGAGCUCAAUUGAGAAGGACUUACAAGAAAUCAUGGAUUCACUGGUGCUAGAGGAGCCUGUAGCUGCUGGCAAGAAGCCUGCUGCAACCUCCCCACUGUCGCCGAUGGCCAACGGCCGUUACCUGCUCUCCCCGCCAACCAGCCCCGGCGCCAUGUCUGUGGGCUCCAGCUACGAGAACACCUCUCCAGCCUUCUCGCCGCUGUCCUCACCAGCCAGCAGUGGAAGCGGUGCCAGCCACUCACCCAGCGGGCAGGAGCCAGGACCUUCGGUGCCCCCGCUUGUGCCUGCUCGUUCUUCCAGCUACCACCUAGCCCUGCAGCCCCCACAGUCCCGUCCCAGUGGUGCCCGCUCCUCGGACAGCCCCCGGCUGGGCAGGAAAGGGGGUCAUGAGAGGCCUCCCAGCCCUGGUCUCCGGGGCCUGCUGACUGACAGCCCUGCAGCCACCGUCUUGGCAGAGGCUCGCAGGGCCACUGAGAGCCCCCGGCUGGGUGGGCAGCUGCCUGUAGUGGCUAUUAGCCUGAGUGAAUACCCAGCUUCCGGGGCCCGCAGCCAACCCACCAGCAUUCCUGGCAGCCCCAAGUUCCAGCCUCCAGUCCCUGCUCCCCGCAACAAAAUCGGCACACUCCAGGACCGCCCUCCCAGCCCUUUCCACGAGCCUCCGGGGGCCGAGCGGGUGCUGACAACCAGCCCCUCGCGCCAGCUGGUAGGCCGAACAUUUUCGGAUGGGUCUUCCACCCGAACCCUGCAGCCUCCUGAGAGCCCCCGCCUGGGCCGGCGGGGCCUGGACAGCAUGCGAGAGCUCCCUCCCUUGAGCCCAUCUCUGUCACGACGGGCUCUCUCCCCACUGCCUGCCCGGACCACCCCAGAUCCCAAACUAAGCAGGGAAGUGGCAGAGAGCCCGAGGCCCCGCCGCUGGGCUGCCCACGGGACUUCUCCAGAGGACUUCUCCCUGACGCUGGGGGCGCGGGGCCGCAGGACACGGAGUCCCUCACCCACACUGGGGGAGUCCCUGGCACCCCGCAAGGGCAGCUUCAGUGGCCGGCUGAGCCCAGCCUACAGUCUGGGCUCUCUUACUGGGGCUUCGCCUCGCCAGAGCCCCCGGGCCCAGAGGAAGCUCUCCAGUGGGGAUUUGCGGGUUCCUGUCAUGCGGGAUCGGAAAAAUAGCAUCACAGAGAUCAGUGACAAUGAGGAUGACCUCCUGGAGUACCACCGGCGGCAGCGCCAAGAACGGCUCCGGGAGCAGGAGAUGGAGAGGCUGGAGCGCCAGCGUCUGGAGACCAUCCUGAACCUGUGUGCUGAGUAUAGCCGGGCUGAUGGGGGCCCUGAGGCCGGGGAGCUGCCCAGCAUCGGAGAGGCCACUGCCGCAUUGGCACUGGCGAGCAGGAGGCCCUCGCGAGGACUUGCAGGGGCCAUUGUGUCCUCUGGGCGGGGCGGCGAGGAGCCUGGAGGUGCCACCCAGCGCCUGUGGGAGAGUGUGGAGCGCUCAGACGAGGAAAAUCUCAAGGAGGAGUGCAGCAGCACAGAGAGCACCCAGCAGGAGCAUGAAGAUGCGCCUAGCACCAAGCUCCAGGGAGAGAUCCUAGCCCUGGAAGAGGAGCGGGCUCAGGUGCUGGGCCAUGUGGAGCAGCUCAAGGUCCAUGUGAAGGAGCUGGAGCAGCAGCUGCAAGAGGCAGCCAGAGAGGCUGAAAUGGAGCGGGCGCUGCUGCAGGGGGAGAGGGAGGCAGAGCGGGCACUGCUGCAGAAGGAGCAGAAGGCAGUGGACCAGCUGCAGGAGAAGCUGGUGGCCUUGGAGACGGGCAUCCAGAAGGAGAGGGACAAGGAGAGGGCGGAGCUGGCCGCGGGACGGAGGCACCUGGAGGCCCGCCAGGCGCUGUACGCCGAGCUCCAGACGCAGCUCGAUAACUGCCCCGAGUCAGUGCGGGAACAGUUACAGGAGCAGCUGAGAAGGGAAGCAGAGGCCCUGGAGACCGAGACAAAGCUCUUCGAAGACUUGGAGUUCCAGCAGCUGGAGCGGGAGAGCCGCGCGGAGGAGGAGCGCGAGCUGGCGGGCCAGGGGCUGCUGCGGAGUAAGGCAGAGCUGCUGCGCAGCGUGGCCAAGAGGAAGGAGCGCCUGGCCGUCCUGGACAGUCAGGCUGGGCAGAUCCGGGCCCAGGCCGUGCAGGAGUCCGAGCGUCUGGCCAGGGAGAAGAACGCCUCCCUGCAGCUGCUGCAGAAGGAGAAGGAGAAGCUGACCAUGCUGGAAAGGAGAUACCACUCACUCACAGGGGGCCGGCCGUUCCCGAAGACCACCUCGACCCUCAAAGAGGCUCAGCUCUUCAUCUCCGAGUCCUCAGAGAUGGGGCUGGGGACCAUGGCUCUGGGCCUGUUCUCGGGGUCUUCUCAGGCGGGGGUGUCCUCUGUCUCCUUAACCCCACCUGCUUCUACUCCGCUGUGCCCCAAAGUACAAGAGUACGUGACGCUUGAGCAGCUAAAGGUGAUGUGGGGCACCUCACCCGUGCCCCCAGCCCCCGCGCCAGGCUGGCCUCCCUGGGCCUCUGCCUCCCGGGACCUGGUUCCCACCACCUGCCUUCCUCCUGUGCUGCCCUCCUCCUCCUCCUUCGCUUCCAUCACGCCUUCACCCAAGAUGGAGAAGCUGCUGCUCCCUGCUGUAGACUUAGAGCAGUGGUACCAGGAGCUGAUGGCCGGGCUGGGGACUGGCCCUGCUGCAGCCUCCCCUCGCUCUUCCCCCCCACCUCUGCCUGCCAAAGCUUCCCGUCAGCUGCAGGUUUACCACUCCAAGAUGGAUGGCGAAGCCACAAGCCCGCUGCCCCGGACCCGCAGCGGCCCCCUCCCCUCCUCGUCCGGCUCCUCCUCCUCCUCCUCCCAGCUCAGUGUGGCUACCCUGGGCCGCAGCCCCUCCCCAAAGAGUGCCCUGCUAGCCCAGAACGGCACAGGCAGCCUUCCUCGCAACCUGGCAGCCACGCUGCAGGACAUUGAGACCAAGCGCCAGCUGGCCCUGCAGCAGAAGGGGCAGCAGGUGAUUGAGGAGCAGCGGCGGCGGCUGGCUGAGCUGAAGCAGAGAGCGGCGGCCGAGGCGCAGUGCCAGUGGGACGCCCUGCACGGGGCAGCGCCCUUCCCCGCCCUGGUGCACCACUCCAUUCUGCACCACCUGCCGGCUGGCCGGGAACGAGGAGAGGAAGGCGAGCACGCCUACGACACGCUGAGCCUGGAGAGCUCGGACAGCAUGGAGACCAGCAUCUCCACUGGGGGCAACUCAGCCUGCUCCCCUGACAACAUGUCCAGUGCCAGUGGCCUGGACAUGGGCAAGAUUGAGGAGAUGGAGAAGAUGCUGAGGGAAGCUCACGCGGAGAAGAGCCGGCUCAUGGAGUCCAGGGAGCGCGAGAUGGAGCUGCGGCGGCAGGCCCUGGAGGAGGAGCGGCGGAGGCGGGAGCAGGUGGAACGGCGGCUGCAGAGCGAGGGUGCCCGGAGGCAGCAGCUGGUGGAGAAGGAGGUCAAGAUGCGGGAGAAGCAGUUUUCCCAGGCACGGCCUCUGACCCGCUACCUGCCGAUUCGGAAGGAGGACUUUGACUUGAAGACCCACAUCGAGUCGUCAGGCCAUGGCGUGGACACCUGCCUGCACGUGGUACUCAGCAGCAAGGUCUGCCGCGGCUACUUGGUCAAGAUGGGUGGCAAGAUCAAAUCAUGGAAGAAGCGCUGGUUUGUCUUUGACCGGCUCAAGCGUACCCUUUCCUAUUAUGUGGACAAGCACGAGACGAAGCUGAAGGGGGUCAUCUACUUCCAGGCCAUCGAGGAAGUGUACUACGACCACCUGCGCAGCGCGGCCAAGAAGAGGUUUUGCCACUUCACUAUGGUGACCGAGAGCCCGAAUCCAGCUCUCACCUUCUGCGUGAAGACCCACGACCGGCUGUACUACAUGGUGGCCCCGUCUGCAGAGGCCAUGCGCAUCUGGAUGGAUGUCAUCGUCACAGGGGCUGAGGGCUACACUCAGUUCAUGAACUGACUGUCAUGGGCCUCUCGGACCCCCUCCCCCAGCCCUAGGACCCCUGCCUGGCACCUGUUGCUGUGCUCACCCUGGAGAUAGAGCCACGCAGUGGGAACCAGCCUCACAGAGGCAGGGCGUACCGAGCGCCACCGGGGCUUUCGUGCAAGAAGACUUCAUAGUACUCUGUAAGGAGCUCAGUCCUGCGAGGUUCUGGGCUCAGAAGAGGGAAGCUGGGGAGGGCGUGUGCUGGCUCCUGGGAGCCCAGGACCUGUGAGAUCUGUUCAAGGUUGUGCCUGGGCCCCGGGGCUGAAGAGCUGUCUGAGAAUGCCUCAGCUCGGACCUGGUGCCUGCUCUCCCCAGCCUGUUUCCUCUUCGUAAAGGACGAAUUAUGGUACCAGAAUCUGCCAAAGAUCCCCUCUCGCCUCACCCCCUCGAGGGGCUGAGCAGAGCCACAUCUGGAGUUGGGCAGCGGCUCAGGCAGCGUGCUCUGCCCUGCCCUUCUCCCCCAUUUAUACUUUUUAUUACUCGGCCCAAAGGCCAGAGACCUCAAGCGUCAGCCUUGAGGUCCCAGCCCCAUCCUCUUGUUGGAGACCCAUCUCUCUGGUCUCCAUGGUGACUUCUCCAUUGCCAUGGUAACAUAGUACUAAUUGCCACUGCUCCGCAGCUCAGCCCACUGCUUCAGCCGUGGGCCAUCUGAGGGUACGUGCCGUCAACUCUCCAGCCCAGCCCCAUGGGCACCUCGUGUGGGGGAAGGGACGAACACCUGCUCCCUGCCGGUGUCUCCCGCCCUGACGCACGGCCUGCUGCCCCCCGACUCACCUCUCCCUUCCACUGUGCCUUGCUUAGAGCCAGAAGGGAAGAUGCUGGCGAUCCCUAGCCAGAGGAGCAGUGCGGUGCACAGGAGAGGAAGCUAAAAGGGCCGUCCUCGGGUGCUGACAGAAAGGGAGGGUUGCUCAGCACUCAGCCGAAAGCCUGCGCAGGGGGGAGCUGCAGACGGAGGGCUCCGCGUUCCCGCCGCCUCCCCCUUCUGCCUCCGAAGGGUGAUGGAAAAGGAGAGCGGAGGACCAGGCCUCAGCUGUCUGGCCUCAGCCCUUCGCGCCUUAACACUAAGUCCACCUCCCCUGCCCUUGUCCCCAGCACUGGCCCCGGACUACCUGGGCCCGGGCUGGGUGUUUUUCAGUAUUUGUAAGCAUUUCAGCCGAACAAUAAAGCAUUUGGACUAUGUA